AUGGCUGACUUGGAUCCUCAGUUCGUUUCCUUAGUAGAAUCUACCUUGUUGGAGGCAGUGGACGCAACCACUGCCGGCAGUGCAGCUGAAAAGUUGAAAAGUUUGACUGCAAAUGAAUCAGCCAUCCCUGCCUUUAUCAGCAUAGCCCAAACUGGACGUAAUGAUAUUGGAAUGUUGGCUUUGGUUGAAGCCAGAAAGUUGAUUAAAGCCAAAUGGGAAACUUUGAACCCUCAACUCCGUGAUUUCAUCAAGCAACAAUUGUUGACUGUUACUUUUGAACACACCAAUGAAAGAUCAAGACAUCUUUGUGCUGAAUGUAUUGCUGCAAUUGUUCUUACUGACGCUGAACCGGAAUUCUUAACCCAAUUGAUUCCUACUUUAAAUAAUGCCAUUCAAGAUUCAGUUCAACAAACUAGAGAAACCGCUGUGUAUACUUUAUAUCUGAUUUUGGAGACCGAACUGCCUACUUUAGUUGAAAAUGCUGGUGAUUUUGUUUCCUUAUUUUCAAGACUUUUAACUGAUUCUUCAAGUCAAGUUAGAAUAGAUUCUAUUCGUUCUUUGGACAUUUUGGGUCAAUUCCUCGACCAAUCAGUGGACAAGCUUCCAAGACAACAUGUUGAAGCUUUCCAAGCUUCCAUCCCUGGUAUGAUCGCUAUUGGUAAAGAUACCGUUGUUUCAGACAUUGAUCAAGCUACCACAAUUUUCCAAAUUUUUAACAGUAUGCUACUUUUGGAUGAGGCCGUUUUAGGUGACGCUUUCCUUUUGUUACUUGAAUUCUGUACUGAAGUAGCUGCUAAUGCUUCUGUUGACGAAGACGUUAGAAUGUUUGCUUUGAAUUGUUUGAUUGAAUGUGUUGACUACAAAAAGCAAAAAAUAGUUUCCAACAAAUUGGGUCCUAAGCUUACUUUAUUAGCAGCCAAGAUCGCUUCUGAAGAAGUUGACGCUGAAGAGGAAUUGGAAACUGAAGAUGAAGAACACGAAAACGAAGAAAGUUCCUCUAAUGCUUUGGCUUUAAGAUUUAUCCAAACUUUGGCCAAUGAAUUACCUGCUUCCCAAGUCAUCGUACCAUUUUUUGAUGCUUUCAACUCAAUGAUCUCAUCUCCAAACCAAUUUGAAAGAAGAGCUGGCUUCUUAAUCAUUGCUAAUUGUGUUGAAGGUUGUGAAGAACACAUUUCCUCCUAUCUUCCAAAGUUGAUGCCAGUUUUAAUCAAUGGUUUAAAGGACCCUGAAAUUCUUGUCAAGUUGGCUACCUUGAAGUGUUUAAACAACAUUAUCUUCACAUUAAAAGAUGAGGUUGCUUCUCAUCAUGAACAAUUGUUACCUUUGGUUAUUGACACCAUUGACAAUACCAAAUCCGUCAUGGUCUACAAAUAUGGUUGUCGUGUUUUAGACUCUCUUAUUGAGUACAUGGACCAAGACACUAUUGGUAAGUAUUUGGAACCUUUGAUGAACAAAUUAUCUCAUAUGUUACAAGAAGCCAAUACUUCUUCUUUGAAAAAUGUCAUUGUUUCUGCUAUGGGAUCUUCUGCAUUUGCUUCUGGUAAGAUGUUCACUCCAUAUUUACCUACUGCCAUUCAAACUUUCGAACCUUUCAUUCAAAAUGCCGGUAAUAUUGAAGGUAUGAGUAAUGAUGAUAUCGAAUUGAGAGCCUUGACAUUAGAAACUAUUGCUGUUAUGGCCAAGGCUGUAGGUUCUGAAGGGUUCCAAGAUUAUGCCAGUCAAUUGGUUGAAGCAGCAUAUGGUGCAUUAUCUAGUGAAAGUCACAGAAUUCGUGAAGCUGGAUUUGCAUUUAUUGCUGAUAUGGCAAAGGUUUUCGGUACUCAAUUUGCUUCUUCUUUGAACAAUAUUGUUCCAUUAAUUCUUAAGUCUUUGGAACAAGAAGAACCUCUGAUUUUGGCUGAUGUCAAUGAAGAAGAAUACGAAGAACUUCUUAAGGUUUACACUGGUAUUACUUUUGAAAAGGAAAUUGCUAUUGUUGCAUUGGGUGAAUUGGCUUCCGGUACGGGUAAAAGCUUUGCACCAUUCGUUACCACUACUCUUGAAGUCCUUACAGAAGAAUUCAAGAAUGGCACUUUAAGUGAAGUUUCUUUAAAUUGUAUGUGGAGAAUUGCUAGAUCAAUGUAUUUUGCAUCUAAAGGUGAAGAUUUCAAAUACCCUAAGGGAAUUCUUACAGAACUGUAUGUUGAACCAACUGUCUUGGAGUUAAUCAAACAUGUUAGAGCAUUAUGUCUUGAAAACUUACUGGAAGAUGAUGACGAUUACACCAACUGUUCAAUCUUAGAGAACUUGAGUAAUGAAAUCGAUUUAAUGGGUGCCAUUGUUGUCAUGGAUCCUCAUGAUGGAGAUCAAUCGUUAUUUAAACUUUGUGAAUUGGUUCAAGCCAUUUUAGCAAGAAUUUUAGACGAAUCUGAAGCUGAUUUCAUUGAAGAUUCUGCUCAACUUUAUAAGGACUGUUUGGAAGUUUUGGUUUCCCUUAGUUCAUGUUUAGAGGAAGGAUUUGAACCAAUUUUCACAAAAUUCCACCCUGUUUUAGUUGCUAACAGUACUGUUAAGGACAAAGAGUUUAGAUUGGCAUCUGUUGGAGCCUUAGCUCAAAUUUCUGCUGGAUUAAAGCAAAACAACCCCAAGUUCCAAGAAUUAUUAGAAUUGUUCAUCGACAGAUUGACCAAUGAUAAAAAUUUGGAUGUUCGUGGUGAUUCCGUUUAUGGUGUGGGUAUUAUAAUUGAGAAUGCUGAAUUCAAUACUAGCCCCAUUUACCCAACAUUAUUAAGCUUGUUGAAUGAUUUAUUGAGUAAGACUGACCGUAGAGCUGGUAAGUUAACCAGUUCUGCCGGUGAAGAUGAUGAAGAAUUAGAAGCCAAGUUGGAAGUCAUCAACAGAGCAUAUGCCAAUGCUUGUGGAUGUGUUGGUCGUAUGGCUUUGAAACACCCUGAACUGGUCCCAUUACCUGUUGUGUUACCAAUUUUAUUGAAUCAUUUACCAUUGGAAAAUGGAUUAGAAGAGAACCAACCAAUCUUCAAUUUAUUGAUCAAAUUAUAUGAAACCAAGAGUGAAAUUGGCGUUCAAGCAUUACCUCAAGUGAUUGAUAUGUUUGCUAAGGUUUUCACCAAGGAAGCUGAAAGAUUGAAGUUGUUAGGAUCUUCCACAAUUGGUAGAGAGGAGGAGUUUGAAGGGUUGAAUCACUUCCCUGUGGAAGGAUUGAAGGAAAAGGUCAUUAACUUGUUGAAGUUUUUAGACUCUGAGUAUCAAGGGGUUGUCAGUGGCAACCAAGUGUUGAAGCUGGUUAUUGCAUAA